AUGAAAACCAUCUUCGCCAUGACAAUCUUCGCUUCCGCCUCGGCCGAGUACUUUGGCAAAAUCCGAAUGCCUCGGUUCGAGAAGCUGGUUGGUUCCGAGGUCGAUUUAACCGGCCCCAUUGCGGUUGCAUCGAAGGACGACUGCGUAAGUCUCUGCCGAGCUGCUUCCAUUUUCAUCAGCCCGACAAGGCAGUACGAUUCUCUCUGCGACUCGCCAAGUGCUUACCGCCACGGACAAUGCUUUCUUUCUGGAAUUCCAACCUUGCAAAAAUUCAAUCUUGACAAAACUGGCUCUCGCGCUUUGUCUUGCACCUUUCUCUGCUCUUACAUGUCUGACUGCAUGUUGGUACAGACGGAGACGCGAUAUACAAGCAGACGAACCUACAAGACCUGCUCGUUUUUCAAUGGAUACGUCCAAAUCGAGCCAACACGUCUCUCCGUCGAAGUUGAGAUGAAAGAAGAAAUCUUCGAUGAAUAUUCUCGCAUGUAA